CUAGAACGGUUUACCCCUUUUUACCAUGACAUUUGCGAUGCACCGUCUUGCCAACGAACUAAAAACACUCACACUGCCACCAAACGUACAGCUCAUAUCAUCUACACCCUCUCACUCGCCAUACAUCCACACCAUAAAACUUACCGUCACUCCUCUCCAAGGCAUAUACACCAACCGUACGCUCAUCUUUGAGCUGUGCUUCCUUCCAUCGUACCCCUUCACAGGACCGAAAGUGUUCUGCCGGUCUAAAAUUUACCAUCCAAACAUUGAAAAUGAGCACGUGUGCAUGAGGAUGGUGCGGGAGGAAUGGACGUGUGGGAUGGGUGUUGAGGUGGUUGUUGGGGGAUUGAUGGUUGUGUUGGUGGAGAUUGAUGGGGAGGAUGCUUUGAAUGUUGAGGCGGGUGAUAUGAUGAUUAAUGAUUAUGAACGGUUUGUGAAGAUUGCAAGGGAAUAUGGACGGGAUGUGUAGUAUAAAAUGUAGAGAUGGAGUGAGUAAUUUAUUGAACACAUAAAUGUGCCUGAAGGUUGCAGUUAUAGCACCCAAAAUUUUUGGCUCAGCUCGUCAUUUGAACACAUCAAUGACAUCCCCGUCCUCAAACUCAUUCUUUGCGCACCGCUCCCCAUUCACAACGAAGUACCGGUACUCAUCGUUCAGAACGCCAUUAACACGUGUAAUCAUUGCAUUCAGAUCAUCGCCAUGCACCAACUCAAUCUCAACGCUUUUGUUGACAGCAUAGUUCACCUUCACCAUUCUCUUCGCUGCCGUGCCUUCGUGUGCCAUGGGCUGUGCUGUUGUGCUCCGUUUCGUAGGAUCAAUUAUUUGCACAACAUCACCGUUUUUGAUGUUGAGCACACGCAGCGACGAAAAUCUGCUCACGAAAUUAUGACCGAAUUGCAUUUUGUUCGGGGUGUUCUUGCACAGCAUGUCGUACACCGGCUUUAAUGUGGACGAGGACGGGAUGAUGAAUGUGUGGAUGGUGGUGUUGUGCAGAGCUGUGAACGUUAUCUGGUCGGAUGGUGUGCUUGUGCUGGCGGGUGUUACCACAGCCUGAGUGGUUGUUGCUGUGAGACAUGACUGAACAUUUGAUCUGUCGUUAUCCGCGCUUUGUUGGUUGAAAUUGGCAAUCGGUGCUCCUUCUACGCGUAUUUUUCUGUCCAGCACCUGUUCUGUAGAAUCUUGAACGGUAAUAUUACCAGAACGGCCGGUCCUUGCCAUGCUUUCAGGCACAGUCUGUUCAUUUCCCUUAAAUCGCUUGGUAUUGCCCGUUAUUUUUCGG